GGCUGCCUCUCCAUGCCUCUUACGUGGCAAAUUGACAUGCGCACUUCGCUCGAGAAAGUUACUUCAAAAUGGCUGAUUCUAAACAUGGAAUGUUUUUGUGAUUUUGUCGUAUUUAUUGCUGUGCGCCGAUGCAUUUUAUCUCCCUGGAAUAGCCCCUAUUGACUACGAGAAGGGCAGUUCACUGGAUGUUAAAGCUGUAAAAAUGACAAGCAUCAAGACCCAACUUCCAUAUGAUUACUACUCAUUGCCAUUUUGUUCCCCCUCCAAGAAACAGUAUAUUCCUGAAAAUUUAGGUGAAGUAUUGCGCGGUGAUCGUAUAGUCAACACACCUUAUCAGGUUAAAAUGAUGGAGAACAAGACCUGUACUGUUCUUUGUGCGAAAACAUUAAGUGUUAAAGAGUCAGAAGUGAUCGCUCAAAGAGUAAAAGAGGAUUAUCAUCUUCACAUGUUGAUUGAUAAUUUACCCAUUGCUACAAAGUACAGGACAGAGGACUUCUCUGAGAUUCAUUAUGAACAUGGUUUUAAACUGGGUUUUGAGAAAAAUGGAAAGAUUUAUCUCAAUAAUUUGUUGAAUAUGAUUAUAAAAUAUCACAGUGAUGAUGGUGAAUCAUAUCGUGUCGUUGGUUUUGAGGCUCAGGCAGCAAGCUUAGGAAAAUUGGGCACUGAUGACCCAGCAAACAUUGCCCCAGAGCAAAAGUGCAAGUUUCCAGACAAUGUAGAUGGAUUAUUUCAAGAAAUAAAUCCCAAAGGUGAAAACAAGAUCACAUUUGCCUACAUGGUUAUAUGGGAGCCAAGUAACAUUCGGUGGGCAUCUCGUUGGGACAGCUACCUUAAUAUGAGUGAUGUACAAAUUCAUUGGUUCUCAAUUGUCAAUUCCGUUGUUAUUGCUAUAUUUCUAUCAGGUGUUGUUGUAAUGAUUUUAAUACGAACAUUACGAAGAGACAUUGCUAAAUAUAAUGAAGAAGAUAGUAUGGAUGACACGAUUGAAGAAAGUGGCUGGAAGUUGGUUCAUGGCGAUGUGUUCCGACCACCGAGGUUUCGCCUUCUUUUCACAGCCUGUGUCGGUUCUGGUGUUCAACUCUUUGCUAUGGCUCUUAUAACGCUAGUUGUGGCCAUGUUUGGUAUGCUUUCGCCCGCAAGCCGAGGAAGUUUAUUGUCAGCGGUUGUAUUUCUUUUCGUAUUUAUGGGGAUGUUCGCCGGCUACUUCUCCGCUCGUCUCUACAAAACCUUGAAUGGUCAAAAAUGGAAACGCGCGGCUUUGGUUACCGGAACUCUUUACCCAGGAGCUAUUGCCGGCCUAGCAUUUCUUCUCAAUUUCUUCAUAUGGGGGAAGCAUUCAUCUGGCGCGGUUCCUUUCUCAACAAUGGUUGCUUUGUUAUUGCUUUGGUUUGGAAUAUCCUUACCUCUUGUCUUCCUGGGGUAUUAUUUUGGAUACAGGAAAUACCCGUAUGAACAUCCCGUACGAACCAAUCAGAUUCCUCGUCAGGUACCAGAACAAGUGUGGUAUGUUCACCCUAUACCAAGCAACAUAAUGGCGGGAAUUUUACCAUUUGGUGCUGUCUUUAUUGAAUUAUUUUUCAUUCUGACGGCGAUCUGGGAGAAUCAAUUUUACUAUCUUUUUGGCUUUUUAUUCCUUGUUUUUCUGAUCCUCGCCAUGUGUUGUUCACUCAUUGCUGUCGUGGUCGUUUAUUUCCAACUCUGUGCUGAGGAUUACCAUUGGUGGUGGCGUUCAUUCCUUACGUCAUCUUCCUGUUCGUUAUACGUGCUUGCUUAUGCUAUAUUUUAUUAUAUAAAUAAGUUGGAGAUUGCAAGCUUCGUGUCUGGUUUGAUAUACUUCGUGUAUACUCUAAUGAUGGUGUUCACCUUUUGGCUGUUGACUGGAACCAUCGGUUUUUACGCUACCUAUUACUUUAUUAGAAAGAUUUAUGGUGCUGUGAAGAUUGAUUGAACACUCGACCGUCGUAAUUUGGACAAAUCUCGAAAGAUGCGAAUGAAGAAAAUAAAUGAUCGGUUCAUCCUUUCUUUACGUGAACGGUAGGAUUAGUGAGUUUUUAAAACAGGUCAUUCUACAAUUUUAAUGAUGCUCUUUUCAAGACAUGAUAGAAUUGAAUCAAUUUUUGGGAAGCUUA